CUGUGUGAUGCGUGUUUGGCCGGGCAAGGACACACAGGACUGGAAUGACAUUUGUGUAAGUUAGCUAGGUUAGUGUUUACCAGCGUGAAACUGUGGAUAAGGUGUGUGUGACUGAACUACAGAACCUGGACCAGAGAACCACUGCACCUUGACAGACUCCCGUGCGUAAUCGUCUGUAGAGGUUACAAACAGACACAUGACUUUAAACAGGUUUGUCAGGUAGAGAGUGUGCCACUCUAGUCGGGAAUCACUGAGUCAUAAGACCCUAAGCAGACGGUGUGUGUGGCAUUGUGCUGUCCUCCGUCCUGUGUGUGAUGGUCAUCUGGUGACUGGGGUAGCCUGGGCCCCUGUGGUGAAUGGCUGUGAGUAGAGGGGGCAUUGCCUUCUGGGUGGGAUGUGUCCGCAGCCAAGGCGGAAGGCAGCCCAUCAAGAAACAACACUGGACUCUGCAUCAGGUGGUGGAUUGGCAGUGCGUUAAUCAGACACGCCCCCUGAGCAGUGCAUCAUGGGCUCUGGCACCCCCCAACAGCUUGAGAUAUCAGAACAUUAAGCAGCCGGUACUGUCUCACCCCUUCCACCAUGCCAGCCGGCCACAGAGAGCAGGUCACCAUGACGAUGAGUGGGACGAGUCACUCAGUGUCUGUGUGCUGGUGCGACAGGGGGAGUCAGACAGCCUGCACACCCUCGUGGAGAUCCCUCUGUUCGGCCACAAUAAAGUAGGAGAUCUUGCUGCAGCAGCUCAUAAGUCGUCAGAGCUGUCCUUCCCCCUGACCAUGGUCGACGGCAGCAGAGAGGAUGACAUCAGCGUGGGAACAAAGGCCAACAGCUGUGACAGAAAUAGUGGCAAUGCUGUAACAAGAGAGCAUGGCUGUUUCCGAAGCCUGUUUGAAGCAGAAAAAUGUCCAGCACCGUUCAUGUACGGCUCUCAGUUUUACUGUUUUCAUUGCCCGGGCACAGAACCGUUCCUUAAAUCCAGGCAGAUUAUUGGACUUGAGAAUCUGCCUGUUGAGCUGCCUCUGCUGCUGCCCACAUCUCUGUGUAGCCCUGCAGAGAGAGCAGAGGGUGAGCCUGCUGAACGAGACAGUGAAGAAGAGCAGAAACUGGUCCUGAUGUAUGAAAGACUGAGGAUAGAGCUUCCAAGUUUCUUUAGGAAGAACCAUGACUACUCCAUGUACGCUCUUGAUUUAGAAUUCAUCAACGGCCUCAUAAAUGCCAAAACCAGAGGCCGGGUGACCUACCAGCUCACCAUCACAUUGUGGCGCUUCCUCUGCCUGUUGUACUACACCGAGGCUCAUCUGGAGGUGUUGAAGCUCACCAAGCAUGCAGAGGACGGGACCGUGAAGGCCCGCUGGAGGGUCCGGGGCAUCCCCUUCCACACUCUGAUGCUGCGGUUUUACCUCAAAGACAAAUCUCAACUGUACAGGACCUUUGAUGCUUUCUCUACUUUUUACAUUGGGCAAGAUGGGCUCAUUCACUGUCAUAAAGUUGAAAAGGUGAUGCCAGCUCGGCCCCCCGUCCUGCCUCGAGUUACAUCCCUGGUGGCGGGAGCUCUGGUGGCUCUGGGGUUGCAGGAGCAUCGGCCUGCCCUCAACCUACUGCCCCUCCUCCUGUCCUCGCUCCGCCAGAACAGGAACUGAGCACAGAGGAAUAAACGGCCCGAGGAGUCAAACAUGUCCAAGGCCCACGUGGCUCUGAAAGGUUUCAUCCAGUCUCAGCAUAGGAACAUAAAACACCGAUACAAAGACAGACUUCUGUGUCCUCGCAGUCUUAUUUCAUUCUGGCCAGAAUUAAUUGAAGACUGAAGACUGCUCACUCAUUAGCCCUCAGCUGUUGUAACACAAAACGUGAGUCUGGUAACAUAUCCUUAAAUAAAUGUUUUAGUUCAGUAUGCAACUGAGGAGCAUUACAGUACUUAUUGCAUGAUAACAGAAAUGUGCAAUCUUACAAGCAUUUACACACUCAAUAUAAAAAAAAAAAUGUCAGUACAAAGGCGCUCUUCUGUAAUUUUGAGAAUGUGUAACCAGUGCUAACAUUUACUGCAGCAUCACACAUUUCAUACAGACAAAUCAACAUAACUGUCCUCCCCAAAGAAAAAGUUCAGUGUUCUGUGAAAUAUACUCCUGCUGUCUUUGAGAGUGAGAGGAUCAGAUCAAUCAGACCAGCAUCUAUUUUUUUUUUUAUUAAUUUCUCAGAAAAACUGUAUGUUUAAGCAAAUAGAGGCAGCCCCAUAACCUUUUAGAUCAACUGAAAUUUAAUACUAAUUAUUUCACAUGCCUUCUUUUCUAAAUUGGCUUAGCUUAAUGUAAAGACUGGAAACAGGGGGAUUCAUUUAGCCUAGUUCUGCUCAGAAGGUCUUAAAAUAUGCCCACUGCACAAGCAGAAAAUUUAUUAUCAGUUUGACUUUGUCUUUUACUUGAAACAUCUAAACGGUGUGUAUAGUCACUGUGUUUGGUUGUCCCCAAUGAAGGCACAUAACUCCCCCUAAAGCAACCAAGGGACUCUUGUCUUUCAGGUUUAAUUACACAGUAGACUGCAUAAGAUUUACUUGUCAGCAGGUAUAUACACUCUAUGUUUAACCAAAAUAAAUGCAUCCUGCUUUUGGUCAGGAUUCUUAAUAAGGAUAACCAGCUGAGCCUCCAGACCCUCCAGUAACACACAAACACUUUGGGUCUGUACCUUUUCACUCUGACAGAGAAUAGAAUAAGGCUGCAGUGUUUUCUCAAGAUGCUGAACUGUUCCUUUUAAAAACCCAACCACCCACUUUAACAGAGGACAGUGUAUGUUUUUAAUCUCAGCAGACCUCUUACAUAUUGUGGACUAACAUAAUUGAAGAAAUAAAUUCCUACAGAGUAUUUAUUCUCUAAUCAGACAGCUUACAGUAAAAACGGUCAAUUCUUGCCGCUCAGCGUGGAUGUGUUAUUGACUGUUUCACCGUCUGAGGCACC